AUGUGUGAAGAUACACAGCUAAACACUGAACAACUUGAUUUAAUGGUGACCAGCACAGGAAUGAGGAAGAGCCGAACCGUUCUUAUUCCCCAAGUUAUAGUUGUGACAGAAUUCCCAUCCUCUCUGAAAGGUUCUGUUGCAAGGUCCAGUGAUAUGGAAGUGUGGUCUCACCUUCGAGACAUUGCACAGUUCCAUGCUCCAAAGGAAGUGGAACUUUUAAUAGGCUUAGAUAUACCCCAAGCCCUAGUACCAUUAGAAGUAAGAUCUGGAAAGGAUGGAGAACCAUUCGCAACGCGCACCCUUCUUGGUUGGACAAUUAAUGGCCCUAUGGGACUAGACGGCCAUGAUGUAACCACAGUGAACAGUCACAUCACCACGACAAUUGCAGAAAAUCAAAGAAAACACCUGGACCACCAAGUCAACCUUUUAUGGGAACUAAAUGCCACCAACAACAACUGUGAUGAUCCCAUCUCUGUCGAAGACAAAAGAGUCACGAAAUUAUGGUCAGAGAACGUAGUACAAGUGGAUGGACAUUACCAACUUCCCAUCCCAUUUCGCAACAAGAGCCCAGACCUUCCAGACAACAAAGAACUUGCUGAACGACGGUUGGCAAGCCUUAGGAGACGUCUCGUGAAACAUCCGGAACUCUUCAUCCGAUAUCAAGAAGAAAUGUCACGCUUACUUAGUGAAGGCCAUGCCGAGCGAGUUCCCUCUCAUAAUCUCAAUACUACACCUGGCAAGACUUGGUAUCUCCCACAUCAUCCAGUACUAAAUCCUAAGAAACCAGAAAAGAUGAGAAUAGUCUUCGAUUGUGCAGCCACUUAUAAGACGUUAUCAUUAAACAGUCAAGUGAUGCAAGGACCCGACCUUAACAACAACUUGAUGGGCGUCCUCCUCAGAUUUCGACAAGAAAGGGUAGCUAUAAUGGCAGAUAUUGAAGCUAUGUUCCACCAAGUGCUCGUGACUCCGGAACACAGAGACGCACUGAGAUUCCUCUGGUGGAACAAUGAACAUAUGUCAGGGCCUCCUGCUACGUACCGAAUGAAGGUGCAUCUGUUUGGGGGAGUGUGGAGCCCUUCAUGUGCAGCAUUUGCUCUACAACGAACAUUCCAGGAUCACGGAAAAUAUCUUCAUGAGGAGAUCCAGAAGGCGAGCCGCAAUUUCUACGUCGACGAUCUACUACACUCAGUAGAAUCCCCGGGCAAGGCUACAAUUGUCAUUCAUAGGCUCAGAAAGUUGUUAAACAAGGGAGGAUUCAGGCUCACAAAAUGGUCCUGUAACCAAAAGAGGGUUCUUAAGGAAGUGCCACAGUCGGAGCAGGCCAUGGGAGUGAAGGAAAUCCUAUUGGGCGACAAGUUGCCCACGGAACGAGCGCUGGGCAUUCUGUGGGAUCUGGAAGAGGACGAAUUAGCGGUGCAAGUCCAAAUACCAAAGAAACCAGAGACGAAGCGGGGUCUCCUAAGCAUGAUCAGCUCUAUAUAUGACCCUUUGGGCUUUUUUUGCCCCUAG